UGAUUUGAAAUUUGAAAACAAGCAUGGAUGUUGAAGUCCUUGUGUAGUGUCUAGGUCUGAAAUAAUUAAACAGAAGGAAGUAAAAUAUUUUCAUUGAAACCUUUAUAGAACCUAAAGUGAAUAAUCAAAAUGGUGUCAAAAAAGAAGAAGAAGUAUUCAUCCGGAGAGGGAGCGCAGUUUAUGACUAGGAAAGCAGCGCUUAAAAAGCUACAGUUAUCAUUGAAAGAUUUCCGCCGAAUUUGCAUACUUAAAGGAAUUUACCCUCGCGAACCACGCAAUAGAAAAAGGGCUCAAAAAGGCGCUGGUGGUAUCAAGACUCUUUAUCAUACAAAAGACAUCAAAUUUCUUUUACACGAACCCAUAAUAUGGAAACUACGAGAUUUGAAGGUAUACCAACAAAAAAUUCGCCGUGCGCGAUCAAUGCGAGAAUAUGGCAAAAUGAGAAAAUACUUCCGGGACUAUCCAGAAAUCAAUAUUGAUCACAUUGUAAAAGAGAGAUAUCCAACAUUUGUUGAUGCGCUCCGAGAUUUAGAUGAUUGCUUAACCUUAUGCUUCUUAUUCAGUACUUUUCCUUCAUUGAAAAGAGUGCCAAGGGAUCAAUCAUUGUUGUGUCGUCGAUUGACAGUUGAAUUUAUGCAUGCAGUGAUAGUUGCAAAAGCACUGCGCAAAGUAUUUAUUUCUGUAAAAGGUUAUUACUACCAAGCUGAGCUUGAAGGCCAAACCAUUACAUGGAUUGUUCCACACCACUUCUCUUUCCAGCCACAAAGCAAAGAUGAGGUUGACUUCAAAAUUAUGUCAACAUUCGUUGAGUUCUAUAUCAUGAUGCUCGGAUUUGUAAACUUCAAACUGUUCAACUCACUCAACCUUGUAUAUCCUCCAAAAUUGACAGCAGGAUUUUCAGCAGAAUCUGAAAAAGACCUUAUUGAUGAACAAGCAUAUGUAUCAGAAAGAAUUGCUGCAAUGAAUUUAUCGUUAGCCAAAGUAGCUGGUGCUAAUGAAGUGGAAGAAAUCCCAGAAAUAGAUAUAUUUGACACAGGUGAUAAUGAUCCACAAAAGCUUGAAGAAGCUAAACAAGAGGCAGAAAAAGUAAAAGUCUUGAAGACAUUGUUCAAAGGAUUGAAAUUCUUUUUAAAUAGAGAAGUCCCUAGAGAGCCUCUUGUGUUUAUAAUCAGGUGUUUUGGUGGUGACGUGUCCUGGGACAGGGACCACUUUGUUGGUGCCACCUUUGAUGAAACAGAUGAGUCCAUUGCAUAUCAAAUUGUGGACAGACCAAGUAUGGAUAAACAAUAUCUAUCACGCUAUUAUGUCCAACCCCAAUGGGUGUUUGAUAGCGUCAACGCAAGGGCUUUACUCCCCAUCAAUAAAUACCUCAUGGGUGCAGUAUUACCUCCGCACUUGUCACCAUUUAUUGACAAAACGAAGGAUCAAGUUUACAUUCCACCAGAACAGAGAGCACUCAAUGAUCCUGAAUACAAACCACCAGGUGAUGAUGAAUCUGAUGAAGAAGUGGAAGAAGCGAGUGAUGAAGACAAAGAAGAGCAAAGUGAACCAGAUUCUGAUGACAAUGCUGAGGAGGCUCUCACAAAGCAAUAUCAAGCAGAAGUUGCCCAGGACUCCUCUGAUGAUGAUGAUGAAGAAGAAGAAGGAGACAACAGUGUGGAUCCAGAGAAAAAGAAGAUUGCUAAAGAAAAGAAAAAGAACAUGGCUGUCAAAACAGGAGUGCCACAUAAAGAACAUCCAUAUCAAAAGGAGAUAGAAGACAAGCAGGCAUUCAGGCUCAGAGAAAAACUGGUAAGAAAGAAGCAUAGAAACCUAUACAAGAGUAUGAAAGCUGGACAAGAGAAGAGAAAGCAAGAAAUUUGGUUGCUGCGCAAAAAGAGGCGCCUUCAUGACGAAAAAACAAAGGAAAAUAAGAAAACUGAAAAACGUAAACAGAAAAUGAAAGCAUUAGACGCCGCCUCUGCUUAGUGCACUUGUCAGAAAUAAUUAAAUUGUAAACAGUAAA